UACACAAGCCACUCCUGCCUGCAGAUCACCCGACAAGACCACAUCCGAUCUACCAAACACAGAGAGGCUUCUGUCCAGUCCACCGCUUCACCACACAAGAUGCAGCUCAUCAACGCCAUCCUCCUGGCCACCGCGGCCACCGCCCACGUCCUGACCAAGCGGUGCUCGCCGUACCCGAACCCGGACAUGUACCUCGGCUACGACCCGCCGUCCCCGUGCUGGCACACGCACACCACGGCCUGCGUGAACCACAUCAUGAACGGCACCGAGCAGUACGUCAGCGAGAGCCGCCACACCGCCGUCAUCUUCCCCGUGUCCGACUACUGCUUCGGCUACAUCGCCGAGGAGCAGGCCCGCGAGGCCGACGGCCGCGUCACCUGGGGCUGGCGCAAGAAGCACGGCAAGCUAACCCGCGUCCCCGGCACCGACAUCCUCGUCAUCACCGAGAUGACCGACGAGGCCGUCAAGCGCUACAAGUCCAUGACCUACUAGUCCUGAUGGCCCGGAUGAGGGGAUGGGCUGGCUGCGAUGGUUGUUUGGGUGGAUGUGGGAUGGUGACUUGUAUUCUUCAGCAAUGAUUUAUAAAUGAUUAAUCUACGCCUUUGCGCACCGUAUCCAGCA